AUGAUUAUAAGCAAAACUCAAAUACAAGAAGUUUUUGAAGACUGUCGGAAUAAUGUGAGAGGACGUCCAUCAUAUAGUAUUAGUAAAUUACAUGAAAUUGCAAAUGAAUUGAUUGGAUACAUUGAGUUUUCUAAAGAAAUUCGAAAAGAAUUCGGUAAAUUAUUAUUACAUGUUAUUGAAAAUGAAGUGCAAUUAUUUGAUGAAACUAGUCAAGAUAUUUAUGCUAAUGUUCAUCAUCAAGCAAUCUUGUAUUCAAUCGAUUUACUUUGCAAAUAUAUCAUGACAUUAGAAAAACUGAUUAUCAACGAUGAUAAUUCGAGUAAUGAACAAUCACAAGUGAGAAAAUCAAUCAAACGAAAACGAAGUGAUUCUAUACGACAUAAUACGCUUACUGAUGACGUACAAAUAACUGAAUAUGUUAAUGAACGAGAAAAUGCUUUAUAUUCAUUAACAAAAUUAAUUAAUUUGGAUUUUGCACAGUUUUGGGAAGAUGAUGAAAGAAUUGACGAAGAAGAAAUUGGCAGUGCUGUUAUUGACGUUUGUUUGAAUAUUAUCGAACAUAAUACUAUUUCACGUUCACGAACAGUACGUGAUUAUAUCAUAUUUAUUCUAUCUUCAUCGAUCAAAAAAUUCAAUAUUAUUGAAAGUACUAGUCUGAAAAUGACACAAAUGUUACAACUUCAUGAAAAUGCCGCUACAAUAUUUUCAUCGGUUGUUGUUUAUAGUGUACAAAAUUUUCAAACAGAUUCAUUAUUAGAAAAAGUAAUAAAUGAUAUGUGUCGUUUAAGUAAACGAACAGAUACUUCAUCAAAAACGUUUGCUCAAUUUUUAAAUGAAUUAUCAAAACAUAUUCCCGAUCAUUUAAUUUUAUAUAUUGAUACAUUAACAGAACUAUUUGAUAGUGAUUGUAUUCAAAUGAGAAAUUGUUUAUUAAAUAUAUGUGUUGAUAUUAUUAAAUAUUGUAAGAAUAAUGAUAGUAAAGAUUUACGAAAAGAUUUACUAUUACUUAUUAUUGAUCAAUAUUUUAUUGAUGUUAAUGUUCAUGUUCGUUCACAUGCUCUACAUUUGUGUUCUGGUCUCGUAGAAAUCAAUUUAUUACCAAUUGUAUUCUAUUGUCAUUUGGCUAGAGCAACAAUUGAAAGAAUGAAUGAUAUAUCAUGUAUUGUCAGAAAAUAUGCUAUACAAUUGGCAACAAAAUUAAUUAAACAUAACCCAUAUACAAAUGAAUUUUUACCAUUUAACGUUAUGAUUGAUGAAUAUACAACUGAAAUGACUAAAUUAAUAGUUUUAGAAACAAAACUAUGUCAUAUAUUAAAAAUAAUAAAUGUAGCAUUCAUCCCAACAACGUCUUUAACAUCAAUCGAUGAAGAUGAUGAUAAAAAUGUUCUAUUUAAAAAAAUGAUUUACCAACAGCAGAUUGUCUGUUCAUUGUAUAAUAAUAAUGAUAAGUUUGUUUCAUUUGAAUACUAUGAUACUGAAAUGACUAAAUUAAUUAAAUAUCAAUUAAAAUUAAAUUCAUUAUUAAUGGUGGAGAAUAGUGAUGAUGAUAUCUUAAAUAAUAUUAAAAAUCGUGACUAUUCAUUAGAUGAGCGUAAGGAAAUUUUAAAUGAUAUGAUUAAACAACAACGUAUUGUUUGUUAUUUAUAUAAUGCCAUUGAAUUUUGUAAUUUAUUUCGUCAUUUUUUAAAUGGUGAAUUAGUUUAUUUACUCAAAAGUAAAAUAUCAAGUGAUGUUUUAGAAAUAAUUGAAUUUUUAAUUGUAUGGUCAUCGUAUGAUUCAUGUUCGGAUAGCUAUAAAAAAAUUGAACGAAAUUUAUUUUCAUUGAUAUGGUCAACAGAUAAAAAUAUUACAACAGCAGUCAUCGAUGCAUUCAAACGGAUUUGUUUGAAUGUUGAUACUACAAAAAUAAAAGAUGAACGCUUUAUCUAUAAAUCUCACUAUUCUUGCAUAUUGAAUAAGAACAUGAUUAAAAAGUUAUUAUUACAUAUUGAUAUCAGUUAUGAUAUAACAUUUGAACAUAUUUUCAAAUGUUUACUCGAUCAAAAAGAGAUUAAUAAAUUAUUUCUGGAUGUUCUAUAUGAUUAUUAUCGAAUGAUGAUUGUUGAUAAUAAUAAUAACAAUAAUAAUUGUAUAACUGAUGAUUUUUAUCUCUAUUUAACUAGUGAUAAACAUCGACAAUGUUUAUUUCUCAAACUUGUGUCAUUAGUUAUUCAUUAUAGUCCAAAUAUUCUAUGGAAACAUAUUGAUAAAAUUGUUGAUAAUCUUUUAUUAUUAAACUCUCAAAAUGAUGAAAAUACUCUUGUUUAUAUGCGAUAUCAAUUAGAAAUAUUGUAUCAUCUUUCUUCAACACAUUUAAACGAUCGUAAACAAUUGACAUAUCUAUUUUAUGAUACAAUCAUAAAUAAAUUGAUAACUGAUACAACAUCAACAGAUAAUUGGAUAUCGUGUAUGAAACAAUUUUUAAAUCUAUUAUUUAUUAGUGAAAAAUCAAAAACAUCAUCAAUUGAAAUUGGUAUUCGAUUUAUUGAUUUUAUAGUAGAAAAAUUACGUUCAACAUCGAUAAAUUAUACUGAAGAUAGAAUAACAUGGUUUGAAAAUUUAAAAUGGAAUAAAUAUAAUAAAACAUUAUUAAUUAAAUUAUUAGCAACUGUUAAUGUUUUUCUGGUUAAUCAAGUACGACAAGUGGAAACAAAAACAAAUAAUAAAAAUAAACAAACAAAAAUGAAUAGAAAUAGAUUAGAAACAAUUGAUGAUGAAGAUUUAUUUAUGGAUGAUGAUCUAUGUAUUGAACAUAAAAGAAAAAAAUCGUUAAAUAGUGUUUCUUCUCAAAAGUCACGGUCAUCCGUAACAGUUGAUGAUGAUAAUGAUGAUGAUGACGAUGGUGAUGAUGAUGAUGAUGAUGAUGAUGAUGAUGAUGAUGAUGAUAAUGAUGAUGAAGAUGACGAUAAGAAGGAUAAAAUGAAUUCGUCAAAUGGAGAUGAACAGGAAGAUAAUGAACAAAUUUAUUUUCAACAACAAUUUGAUCUAAUACAAUUAGAAAAUGAAGAUUCACUUUUGUUACUCGUAGAAAAAUGGUUAGAAAAUUUUUUUAUCGAUAUAAACAUGAGUGUAGAUCAUAUUGAAGAAGAUUUGGUUCUUGUCGCUAUUAUGACCUUAACUCGUUAUAUGUUUGUUUCACCACAAUUAUGUUCCAAAUAUAUUAGUCAAACAUUUCAAUUUUUAAAUACAUGUCAAUAUGCCGAUGUUCGUUCAGCAUUAAUUGUUUCAUUAGGAGAUUUAUUACUGAGACAUCCCAAUAUUAUUGAACCAUAUACACCAGAAUUUUAUAAACAAAUACAUGAUAGAGAUACAAGUGUUAGUGAAACAACAUUAUGUACAAUAGCUGUAUUGAUACUGAGAGAAAUGAUUAAAGUUCGUGGAUAUAUUAGUGAAAUAGCCAUUUGUUUAUUUCAUUCUAAUACGUCUAUAUCCAGUUUAGCUUAUCAUUUUUUUUCGGAAUUAUCUACGCGUAAUCGUGGACUGACAUUGUUUAAUGUAAUGCCUGAUAUUAUUAGUCGAUUAUCAACAAUGAAUAGUGAUGACAAUAAUAAUAUGAAUUAUAAUCGUGUUAUUAAAAUGAAUGGUACAAAUGGAAAAUUGAUAACAAUUGAAUUGUUUCAUCAAAUUAUUGCUCAUCUAUUUCAAUAUGUUAAAAAUGAUAGACAAUGUGAAAUUCUAGUCAAAAAAUUAUGUAGACAAUUCACAUUGUCUUGUAAAGUUUCAGAUGAUGAAAUUGGUUUUCUAUCAGGGUAUGAAAAUCCACACUCCCUCGUUGGGAUAGAAUUACUCAAAGAAAAUUUUGAAGUAUUUACCCUAGUGAAUGUAUUUGGAAUCAAGUGCUUAACUACUUGCAAAUUUUCUAAAGUACUUGGUUAAGCAUUUGUCAAAGCAUUUUUAGAUUUAAUAUGUGCCAAGUGCUUGGAAGAACUUCGAAUACUUGCGUAUAUUUCGCAAAUACUUACCAGGUUGCCUGCCAAAUACUUGAUGAAGUACUUAUCUAGUACUUAUACUUGUUAAAUUACUUGAUAAGUACUUUUUUUACUUGCAAAAAACUCCAGGUACUCUGGACAUUACUUACCUAAGUACUUUUCUAAGUACUUGGUCUCAAGUACAUUCACUAGGGUAGAAACUUUUAAAAGUUUAAGAGUUUAAGAAGAAACUGCUUUUUACGCAGCUGAGUAAGUGAGUUUUUUCCAGCGUCUGAGCCAGUCAUUUUUUUCCCAUAGAUGACAAAUAAAAUUUUGCGGUGAAAUGGUAUGGAAAAAUUAGGAACUUUGAGUUUGAUAAAACUACAGGAAUUAUAUGUACUAAUAAGUAACUAAGGAAUUAUACGUACGCUGUUUGAAUGAAAAAUAUUGAAAAGUAACUUGCUAUUUGUCAGAGAAAUGUGUGGUUUUCUAACCAGAUACUGACUAGAGCUUGCUGAUUCGCUUAGAGGGGGAUGACAAACCAAAUAAUUUUAUAUUUCCCUCAUAUGUGUGAACGUCAAAAGUCGAAUUCAUCGUACGGCUUAAACGCUAUUUCUCACAUCGUCGGUAAAAGAGGUGGGAUG